AUCUGCGUCAGCACUGUGUCAAUAGAUGACUACUACCGGCAGCAGGCUGGACUAUUUAAGAGACAGCUUUUCCUAACGACUAUAACUUGUCUAACCUGGACACUCAUCACAUCUCUCUGGGUCGAAAUAGGAAGCUCCUAUCACAUUUUAAAAGCUAUGUAUAGUAGUAGCCUCAGCAUCUGUGUCCUCCUUGCUGUCCUGUCUGCAAGCUCCUUGGGACAGCAGGCAAAAGAGUCCAGCCAUGCCAACCCAGGGGCUCCUGAGCUGGAACAGAGCCUGGCUGCCCAGCACCGGCAUGCCCGUGCUCCUGCCUCUCUCGGCCAACUGAAGUCUCUACAGAGAGCUGAUGGAAAUGCUGACUCUAGGAACAGCUUCGGGGCUUUGCUGGCCAGGUACAUCCAGCAAGCCAGGAAAGGUUCUUCUGCUCGAAUGCCAGUCAUCAAAAACCUCCAGAGUAUUGACCCCAACCACAGGAUAAAUGACAGGGAUUACAUGGGCUGGAUGGAUUUUGGGCGCCGCAGUGCCGAGGAAUAUGAAUACUCCUCCUGAAGAGGGUCAGAGACAGAUCAGAAACCAAACCCACCAUUCUCCACAGGAAAAAAACACACGAUAUUAACCAGAUUAAUCAUCUGUCAUCUCUACAAAUUGAUGUUUUAAAUAUACGUCACAUGUAUUUAAGUAUUCGAUAGAAAAAUCUGCCUGUAAAACUGGAUGAUGUAAUAUGCAUAUAUACAGAAUUUUCCAAAAGAGAGGAAAAAACUCAUGUUUCCUUUCCCUAUGAUUUCUGGUCCUGCACAGUUGGUAUGAUAUUAAAAUCUCAUUCAAUCCUC